CUGCGCUUCAAUAAGAGGGAGGCAAAAAAGCAGUGCGGGGCGGCGCGGGUGCGGGGCAGGUGCCGUUGUUUUGUAGGGGAGGGCCCCCCCCGGCCACGCACGGGGUGCACGAGGCAGUGCAGCGUAGUGCAGUGCAGUGCAGUGCAGCGCGGGCCCCCGCCGGGAUUGCCCACCCGGAGCCGAGCGCGUCUCUGCCGGGCGAUGCGGGGCAGGGAUCGGGGCGGCGCGGCGGCGGCGUGAGGCGUGAGGCCGCCCCGCGCGGGGCAGCGGCGGAGCGGGGCCGACCCGCGCCCCCACGUGCGGCGAGGCAGCCCGGGCGGGUCCAUGGGCGCGCUGGAGCCCGCGGCGGGAGGCAGCGGCAGCGCCCUGGCCAUGCUGAGCGCCAGCGACAGCCAAAGUUUUGCCAAGGAGCCGGCGGACGCGCAGGGCGCCAAGGAGCCGGCCGAGCUCAAGCUGGGCAGCGCCGAGCGCUUCUACUACCCCGAGGCGCCGGGCGCCGAGGGCUGCCCGCUCAGCCUGCCCUACGGCGGCCACAUGCUGCCCGGCGGCUUCGGCGUGAGCGGCGCCGCCGGCCGCUUCCUUAGCCCGGCCCUGAACAGCUGCUCCUCCUCCUACCGCGCCCCGCCGCCGCCCGCCGCCCCUCCGCCGGGGGGUCCCGGCUACGCGGCCGAGCCCUACCCCGGCGGCGCGGACCUCUACACCGGCAGCGGCGGCAGCUGCAGCACCGGAGGUGGCGGGGAGAGCUGCUACCCGGGCUCCGUGCAGCCCCUGUUCCCCCGCGGCCCGCUCUACCCGGUGCCCGGAUACCAGGUGGCCGGGAAGGUCCAGGUGGUGCUCAACAACUACCCGCUCUGGGCCAAGUUCCACAAGCACCAGACCGAGAUGAUCAUCACCAAGCAGGGCAGGCGCAUGUUCCCGUUUCUCAGCUUCAACCUCACUGGGCUGGACCCCGUGGCUCAUUACAAUGUCUGUGUUGACAUCGUCCUGGUGGACCAGCACCACUGGAGGUACCAAGGCGGAAAGUGGGUCCAGUGCGGCAAGGCAGAGGGGAACAUGCCAGGUAACCGGCUGUACGUCCACCCAGACUCCCCCAACACCGGCGCCCACUGGAUGCGCCAGGAGGUCUCGUUCGGGAAGCUCAAGCUCACCAAUAACAAAGGGGCAUCCAACAAUGUCACCCAGAUGAUUGUGCUGCAGUCUCUGCACAAGUACCAGCCCCGGCUGCAUGUCACUGAGGUGAAGGAUGGUGAGGGAGAUGAGUCAUACCCCUCUGCCCGCACCCAGACCUUCACCUUCCCCGAGACUCAGUUCAUCGCUGUCACAGCCUACCAGAAUGCCGAUAUCACUCAGCUAAAGAUCGACCACAACCCCUUUGCUAAAGGCUUCAGGGACAACUUUGAUUCGAUGUACACGACAUCAGAGAGUGACCGUGUCACCCCGUCCCCACCUGAUGCUGCCAGCUGCCAGCAGCUCCUUCCUGGCAGCCGCUUCCAGUCCUUCCUGCACGACCAGUACCCGCUGCCCCAGAGCCGCUACUACAAUGGAGACCGGGCACCACCCCUGCCUCUACAGCACAAGGACCCUCCCCGCUGGUACUUCACCUCCCAGCAGCCCCCCGCCCCCUCCCUGGAUUACGGUACCUAUGAGGGCAACUACUCUGGGAACAAGUACAUGUCCUAUGGCGUCAAGCCCUUCACCCUGCAGGCAUCAGCCCACCCGACACUGCCCUACUACCAGGAUCACCACCCCUUCAGCUCACCCUCUGCCUGGACCCCUGGUCAGUAUCACCCCAAGCCCAGCCCAGGGGCACUGAGCUGGUUCCAGCCCAUGCGGGACUUGCGGCCGCUGCCCCCGGGGGAAGAGAAGGGGAAGGACGCAGAGCUGUGGCCUGAGCCAACCUCGGUAAAGUCAGCCGAUUCGUCGGACUCUGGGCUGUAUGAUGCAGAGUGUAAGCGCCGCCGCCUCUCACCCUAUGUCUCCAGUGCCGAGAGCUCCCCUCCGGCUCGAAAUGGGGACCUCUAUGACAAAGAAGGGGGUGGAGAUGCUGGCUACUAUGGUUUCUAUGGCAACUGAGGACAGGCACGUGCUUGUGAGAGGGGUGAGGACUCAGCAAUUUCUAUGUGAUGUUAAAAUAAGUUCCCUCUCACAAACCCUCCCCAGCCCCCAGGUCCUAUCAGGUUGCCCCAGGAAAAGGUGAUGUUGCGGGGAGGGAAGCAGGAGCAGGAAUACAGCUGGAAGGCUGGGUUGUAGUCUCACUGGUCUGUUGCUGAUCAGACCCCUCCCCAUCCUCUCUUGCACACUUCAGAGACCUCUAGGCACACACCAGUCCCUGCUGGGUGUGUCAAUACCUUUACCAGUGUGCUGAUAUGAGUGUAAGUGUGUGCUCCAUGCACAAAUGCACUGAUGUGUGCAUGUGUAUACAUGAACCAUGUGUGCACAUGAAUCUGGGUGCACUCAAGUACGCACACACUCCUUUCCCCAUCUUAGUGCAUAAGUCCAGUCACCCAGUGUAUGGGUACACUUUUGCGUGCCAGUAGUGGUGUGUGCACACCAGCAUAAGCACAAGUGGGCUCGGCUGUGUUCAUAAAUGGGCUCACGACCCAGAGCAUUUGCACAGUCAAGCACAAGAAGGCAGUUUUGCACACACCCACUCACACCUGUGCUUGUGCUCCCUGGCUCUCUCUGGCAUGUGCCCAGAUGCAGAGAAUUGCACAAUACAUGUGCAUGUUCUCGUGCACAAAUGUCCUGAUAUGGGUGCACAAAUGUCCUGAUAUGGGUGCUCACACCAACCACAGUGCAAGGAAGAGGCACUGCACUGUCUGGUUGGCAUGAGCCAAAGCCUGUAGGCCCCGUUAAGCAGCUGCCAUCCCUAGCCCUAUCACUCCUUGCUGGCAGCAGCAGGAGAAGAAAUGAUGCAUAAUCGGACACAGCCAUGGACCCUAGCAGGAGACAGCUUGUGGCCUGAUUCCCUUAUUUACGAGAUAUGCCGCCUUCCAGGUGCUUGCCAUAAAGCUGGGCUUGCUGCCUCUGCUCAUCCAGAGCAAAAAUUGCCCUCACAACUACUGUAAGUUCACCACUCCUCAAGGCAACAGCUCUUGAUUCCUGCUGUUCAGCUAUCAUCACAACAGCAUCCCCCAUGCAUGGUGACCUCCCACAGCAACAGUCAAAACCCUGUGGGUGGCUUAGGUUGUUCCCAGCAGGUUGCUUCCUGAGGCACCUGCCUGCUGGUGACUAAGAAGAGGUGUUUGCUUCUGCUACCUUACUCAGGUUUGGCCUAUCUGGCACACGCACAAGCUACUAUGUGUGGCUGUGUGGUGGCUGGUCUGUCAACUGUCCUCUAGCAUAUCUCAAGCAAAGUUGGGGGUGGGAGGGGAGGUCUCGCUGGCUCUAUCCUGCACCUCUCCCUCUUAGACACCCCCCCCCCACCAAUCCCACCCUUGGGACAAGACCCUCAAGAUUCCCUCCCUUGCCCCAAUCUCCCCUGUGUCUAAGAGGCCCAGGCUCAUUGGAUUGAGCAGGCAGGAUCCCUGUUGGGGGCCAGUUCCCUCCUCCUUUCUCCCCCAUCAAUGGCAUAGGACCCAGCUGGGCAGAGGUGUGACCAGCAGGCUGUUCCCCUUGGGAUGAAUGUGGCUGGUUCUGGUGGCUUCCCUCUCCUGAGUGCCAUGGAGCCCGUACCAGCAAAAGAAAACUGCCAGGCCUAAAGCUCAUAUCCUCUUGGACAGGUGUACCACAGGGGCCUAGUUUGGCCGAGUAUGGGCUGGGCUCCAGUCCCUGUCCUGUAACUAGAGUGUCGGGAACUAGUGCUUGAGCCCAGGCUGUGCCUCCUCCCCAAGACCUCACGGCUGCCAUGGGUGAGACAAUAGCGGCAUGCCCCCCCUGCACACCCACCCCACUGCUGCAGGUCAGGUCAGGCUGGGAGGCACCAAGAGGCUGGCCACAGCAUGACCAGCUCAACCCUUGUUCCACAAAGCAUUUGCUGACUUCAGCCCUGGCCAGAAAGGCCUUCCCAGAGUCCUGACAGGCUUCCCAGGCAGGCAGACCCUAUCCAUGGCUCACUGAGGGGACACCACAGGAGUGAUGAGAGGCUUGGGCAAGGCACACCGCCAUCCACCAGCAGCCCUGCUCCCAGCAGCCAGGCAGUGCCAGGGCCAAGCUCCUGGUACUGGGAUGCUGCCCACAAGUAUCAGUGAAUGCAGGGUGUGGUUACACAGUGGUGCAUCCACCUUGGUGUCCCCCCGCAACCCCACCAAAAUCAGCCCAAAAGAAGCAAGGGGGGUGGUGCCUUCUAACUAAAUGAAGCAUCUAAAGAGUGGGGGAAAUGCCCCUCAACCCCCCCCAGUUUCUCUACUAAAGCUGUUUGGGGAGGAAGAGGAAGGGGAUUUUAGUCCUGCAGCAACUGUAUUCAACUCUCAGAUUCUCCUUCCUAGGGGGGAUGCCUCCCACCCCCUCCUUCCCCAGCCCUGCAAUAUUUAAAAGCCCAUAUCCUGGGAACACUUGAUUAGUAUUCAAGAAGUUGGAUUUCUUUUGUGCAGACAAUCAGAGGAAUGUGCCCUGUCCCUGCCAGCAGGCAGGGCAUAGCCUUCCUCCCAGCCUGUUGCCCAGAUUGCCCUCGCCGUGGGCACAGGUCACCCCCCCCCCCCCAACCCCACCCCGAUCGCCAAAACUGUUUACACUCCAAAAAAUAAAAAACAGCAACAACAACAACAAAAAAAACCCGAGGAGGAAAAAAAAAAAAAAAAAAGUGUAGGUUUAGAACCGUGACAGUCCUCAGUGUUUGGGUGGUUAGUCAAUUUUUUUUUUUUUUUUUUUUUAAAGAAAGGAAAUUUUACUUUUGAAAAUAUUUAUUGAAAAUUAUGUACAGGUUCCAUGUGGGGUUUUUUUGUUGUUUUUGUUUUGCUUAAGAAUUUCUUUAAAUAAAGUGUAAAGCUGUGGCUAA